AUGGGUCUUCUUCAGAAAGUCGUCAAAAAUGACGCGAUGAGGACCGAUCCUCCCGAAAUCUACGGAUGGAGGGUCUUCGCACUGGCAUGCUCUGCUUGCUUUGGUGCUAUGAUUUUCGGAUGGGAUAUUGGCGCAAUUGGAGGAAUCUUGGGGCUUCCUGCUUUCAAGAAGGAUUAUAACCUCACCGCUGAUAACUCGGCCGACCUUGGCUCAAACAUCGUGUCGACGCUUCAAGCAGGAUGCUUGGUAGGAAGUCUUGCUGCCUACUGGUUUGCCGAUAAAUAUGGCCGAAAACCUUCUCUUAUGGGCGCUGCUGUGUGGACCACAAUCGGUGUCAUCUUCCAGUCUGCUGGCUCUGGUAAGCUUGCCCUGAUGUACGUCGGCCGUUUUGUCAGUGGAAUUGGAGUCGGUGCCGCUUCCAUGUUGGUGCCAGUCUACAUUUCCGAACAGGCUCCUAGAGCCAUCCGCGGUGGUUUAACCGGCCUGUACCAACUAUUCAUCGCCACUGGUGUCAUGCUUUCAUUCUGGGUCAACUACGGCGCAUCAUUGCACUUGAAGGGGAAGCAAACCUACGUUGUCCCUUUGGCUCUCCAGAUGCUGCCCGCCGUGGCUCUCAUGGUCGGCAUGCUCUUCUGUAACGAAUCCCCCCGCUGGCUCGCACGCCAGGAUAACUGGGAUGAGGCUAAGCGCGUUCUCUCCUUAACCCGCAACCUCCCAGUCGAGCAUGAGUACAUCCAGAUGGAGCUUACCGAAAUGGCUGACCAGCUGGAGAAUGAGCGCCGCCUAAUCGGAGGUGCAAGCUUCAUGGACUUGCAGCGCGAGAUGUGGACGAUCCCUGGAAACCGCAACCGCGCGCUUCUGUCCAUCGGCCUCAUGGUCUGCCAGCAAAUGACCGGAACAAACGCAAUCAACUACUACGCCCCCCUGAUCUUCAGUGGCUUGGGUAUCACUGGUGUGAACAACGGUCUCUUCGCCACCGGAAUUUACGGUAUUGUCAAGAUGGUUACGUGCGCCGCCUUCCUGCUCUUCGCAGCGGAUUCCCUCGGCCGAAGGAAGAGUUUGCUCUGGACCAGUAUUGCGCAGGGCUUGGCCAUGUUCAUCAUCGGCAUCUACGUCCGCGUUUACCCGCCGGAGAACAGCGCCGAUGGCAAGAUUAACAUUCCACCAUUCGGCUACGUCGCUCUCGUCUGCAUCUUCCUCUUCGCCGGGUUCUUCCAGUGGGGUUGGGGCCCAGUCUGCUGGAUCUACGUGUCUGAGAUCCCCACUGCUCGUCUGCGUGGUCUCAACGUCGCGCUGGCUGCUGCGACGCAGUGGAUUUUCAACUUCGUUGUCGCCAAGUCCGUGCCGCUUAUGUUGAAGAACGUCGGAAAAAAGGGCUACGGUACUUACUUCAUCUUCGGAUCAUUCUCCUUCGCCAUGAUGAUAUUCGUAUGGUUCUUCGUGCCGGAGACCAAGGGUUUGAGUCUGGAGAGGAUGGACGACUUGUUCGGUGUUACUGAGCUGGCCAAAGCUGCGGACCUUGAAGGCUCGCACACACCGACGCAGGAACUCUCGCAUGGAGAGAAGGCUACGGGGAUGCAGCUUGAGAAGAAGGCGCUUGGUUGA